AUGUGGAAAUGUCAGAAUUUGUUUUGUGACUCUAAUUUUGGUGAUAGUGAUAAUAUUUUUACAUUUUACAUUGAACCUGAGUGCUCAAAACUGGGACUAGGUUUUGAGACAUUGGAUUAUGCAAAAGGUUCAGGUAAGAAUUCUCAAAAUAAGAGUAGAAGUUGCCGGAAAGAUACCUCUUACAGAUAUAACAAUAUGAGCCAGUUCAAUUCCAAUGACCAUGUUCCUCAUCUUGGUGGGGUUGUCCACUCUUCUGGUGGUAGAUACUUACCACAUCAAACUUCUGGACCAGCAUGGUGUGAAAUUUGUGAGGUUACGUUGAAUAGUCACAAAAUUAUGAAAGUGCAUAAGAAUGGAAAGAGACAUCGAGGAUUGUUGAAACUUCAUGAGGAAUCUAAGAAAAAUUUGUUUUCAAAUGGACAACAGAGAGAACAGAUGUCAAAUUCUCAAAUGAAUUCAGUUGUUCAACCUAAGCUCGUUCUUAAAUCUGAGAAACUUGGAUGCCUGGUAGAAAAUGUGAGUUCUGAAGCUACUGCUGCCAAGCACAAGAGUUACCUAGGGAAAGAUAUUGGGAAACCCAGUGAUAACUUUGGUGCACAAGGUCAUGGUUUCAAGCGUAAGAGUGCAGGAGCCGCAGGAGCCACAGGAGGAAAAUACAUGAAGACAAAUAAUGGGAUAAGAAAACCAAUGGAUUCAUCAAAACUUGCUGCUAAAGCUCUGUCAAGUUAUGUAGAAUCUGUUGUCCAAGUACCUGCUAGAGUUAGGGAUAACUUUGGUGCACAAAGUCAUGGUUUGAAGCGUAAGAGUGCAGGAGCCACAGGAGGAAAAUACAUGAAGACAAAUAAUGGGAUAAGAAAACCAAUGGAUUCAUCAAAACUUGCUGCUAAAGCUCUGUCGAGUUAUGUAGAAUCUGUUGUCCAAGUACCUGCUAGAGUUAGGGAUAAAUACUUGAAAACAAAUACUUUGAUAAGAAAGCCAAUGGAUUCAUCAAACCUUGGUGUCAAUGCUCUGUCAGAUCAUGCAGGACCUAUAGUUCAAGUACCUGCAGUAGCGCUACCAUCAGGGGCUGUGGCUUCUCAGAUAAAGGCGCCAACACCUGUAGUAGGAUCAAGUUUCGAGCUACAGAUUCAGCAUGUCUCAGCCUCAGAGACACAAGUGUCAGAAGGCAAAAAACAUCAGCAGAUUCAAAAUCCCACUUUGGAAACAAAUGUACAGCCACAAUCAAUCUCUGUGGAGUUGAAUGCCCUUGCAGGUUCUAAUAUUAGGACUCAAACUGAAGAUGUGAGUUAUGAUUCUACAGCAAUAGCAGUAGCACCACCAAAAGAGCCAAUGGCAUCUCCGGUAUUGGCAUCAGAACCUGUAGUGGGAUCAAGUUUUGAAUCACAUACUGAAACAGAACCCCAAGGAUCAGAAGCCAUAACACAUUAUGAGAGUCAAAAUCCUACUGACAAAUCAAAUAAUCAACUGCUAUCAUCUGUCUUGAUGGAGUUUGAUGGCGCUUCAGGUUCUGGUUUUAACACCCAAACUGCUGACGGAAGUUCUAAAGCUGAAGAAAAGAUGGAUGUUCUCACCCCUAAAUUCGGGUUAACUCAGUUGUCUCAGGAAACUGUUUGUCUUACUUGUGGCGAUGAGGGCUUUCCGGAGUUGUUGGAUUUUUGUGAAACGUGUCAGGUUUCUGCUGUGCAUAGCAAGUUUUUAUCAUCAUACUUGACUGAAGAUGCUCCUACUUCUAAUGCCUUCUGGACAUUCUUUAAUUUUUGCAUUAUAAGUAUUAAAGGUGGGAGAAUUAUAGUUGAUGAUUCCAAAGAAUAUGAAAUGUAUUGUUUAGAUGGGCCUGUGGAUUAUAAUGGUGAAGUUACUUGGUUCUGUGAGGAUUGUGAAGCAAAGGUAGUAGACACAUCUUCUCAUGAUCAAAGUAAAGCCAGAAUAGAGGUAACAAAUUGCAUGAAGAAAGUGAGGAAAAACAAGCAACAACAAAAUGCUAAUUCUACUGAGGGGCAUGUGAUUGUUGCUGAACCACAGCCUAUUGCUGAUCCAGUGUGGAGGGGAAGCUUGUACUUCUGCGACCAAAGUAUUGAUACUUUCAGUGGAGUGCUGGCCCAUUUGUCCAAUUUAGCACGCCGUCAAGUUCAAGAGGAAGCAAGACUUCUCCCUGAGGUGCUUCGUGUGGACUUGCUUGAUAGAUCUGAAGUAUGGCCAAAUUAUUUCAAGGAAAGUGGACCAAAUGAGGAGAGCAUUGCUCUAUAUUUCUUUCCUGAGAAUGAAAGGUGA